AUGGAGGAACAGGGGUUUCAGGUGUUUAAGAAAGCCAGUCCCAACGGGAAGCUCACCGUCUACCUGGGGAAGAGGGAUUUCGUGGAUCACAUUGACGUGGUGGACCCCGUGGACGGAGUGGUGCUGGUGGAUCCCGAAUACCUGAAGGAGAGAAAAGUUUUCGUGACGUUGACCUGCGCAUUCCGCUAUGGUCGCGAGGACCUGGAUGUGCUAGGGUUGACCUUCCGCAAGGACCUGUUUGUGGCCAAUGCCCAGGCCUUCCCCCCGAUUCCCGAGGAGAAGAAGCCCCUGACGCGGCUGCAGGAGCGGCUCAUCAAGAAGCUGGGCGAGCACGCCUACCCCUUCACCUUCGAGAUCCCCCCCAACCUGCCUUGCUCUGUAACGCUGCAGCCAGGCCCGGAGGACACGGGAAAGGCCUGUGGGGUGGACUAUGAAGUCAAAGCUUUCUGUGCCGAGAACCUGGAGGAGAAGAUCCACAAGAGGAACUCGGUGCGCCUGGUGAUCCGUAAGGUCCAGUACGCGCCAGAGCGACCUGGCCCCCAGCCCAUGGCAGAGACCACCCGGCAGUUCCUCAUGUCAGACAAACCGCUGCACCUCGAGGCAUCCCUGGACAAGGAGAUCUACUACCAUGGAGAGCCCAUCAGUGUCAACGUCCAUGUCACCAACAAUACCAACAAGACCGUGAAGAAGAUCAAGAUUUCAGUGCGCCAGUAUGCAGACAUCUGCCUCUUCAACACCGCCCAGUACAAGUGCCCGGUGGCUGUGGAGGACGCUGAUGACAUGGUGGCCCCGAGCUCGACAUUCUGCAAAGUCUACACCCUGACACCCUUCCUUGCCAACAACCGGGAGAAGCGUGGGCUGGCGCUGGAUGGGAAGCUCAAGCAUGAGGAUACCAACCUGGCCUCCAGCACGCUGUUAAGAGAUGGAGCCAACAAGGAGAUCCUGGGCAUUAUUGUCUCCUACAAGGUGAAGGUGAAGCUGGUGGUGUCACGAGGAGGCCUGCUGGGAGAUCUCGCCUCCAGUGAUGUCGCAGUGGAGCUGCCCUUCACGCUGAUGCAUCCCAAACCCAGAGAGGAACCAGCACAUCGGGACAUUCCAGAGAACGAAGCACCCAUAGAUACAAAUCUGAUAGAGCUCGACACAAAUGAUGACGACAUUGUGUUCGAAGACUUCGCCCGCCAGCGACUCAAAGGCAUGAAGGACGACAAGGAGGAUGAGGAGGAGAGGACAAACUCCCCACAGCUCAACGACAGAUAAGCGAGCCCCCCCUGCUCGCCACCCUGCCCCAGGGACACCCCUGCAUUAGGCUGCUUCUCUUUUCUAUAAUUAAUUAAUUUUG